UCAACUCAGUUGAGUAGCUGUUGCAUGGGAGUUUUGACUUUCCCAUUCCAAAACCCCUCCAAACAAAACAAAAGCUAUCUUCCAAACCCAACUUGUCAAAUGUCUCCCUUUUUUCUCCAAUCUCCCAUUUGCAACCACCAAGGUGUCAUGUCAUGUCAUCAUUUCUUCUCUCCUCUUUUCAUGGUUUUGCUUUGAUUUGCUUUUUCUCAAUUUUCUACUACUAAUUCUCAUUUCUCUCUCUUUUUACCCUCCCUUCUUCUACUACUAGUUCUCUUGUUGAACACACUCUUGUGCUUGGUAGGUGAUGGGCCCUAAACAGAAACUCCACUGAACUUUGAUGGGAAGAACAACCAAAGUUCUCUCUUUUACCUCUUUCUGUGCUACCCCUUUGCCCCAAUUUCCCUCUGUCUCACAAUUUAGGUUUUUGCCCUCUUUUUACUCCAAAGAUAAGAUUUUUAGGGAAUUUGAUUUGACUUUGAUUCUUGGCAAUUUUCCAUUUGGAGUUUAUUGUAUUCCUUCCACAUGGGGUGUCAUUGAAUGAUCGUGUUGUUUCACUGGCUUGCAUAGUUCAAAUCUCCUUCUCAAAUCCCAAUUUUGUAGUGAGUCAAAGUGAAUUUGAAGAAGAAGAAAAAAGGGGUUUUAGGACUAGAUUCUCUCGAAUUUCGUGAUGGGGAUGAAGUUUGAGCUAUGAAGACUUGAUUUGUGAGGUUCAAGUCCAGGGAGUCAUCUUUGGAGCCCAGGAAGAUGGACAGAGUUAUUCAACCUCCUUUGGUUGAUACGACUGCAUGUUUAUGCAGAGUAGAUACAGGCCUGAAAACUGUUGCUGGGGCAAGGAGGUAUGUCCCUGGAACAAAGCUUUGUCUUCGGCCUGACAUUAAACCGUCCAUUCACCCAACUAGAAGCAAGCCGGCACGCGGUGACCGAAGCCGCAAUCAAUCCCCUCUACUUCCUGGACUCCCUGAUGAUCUUGCUAUUGCUUGCCUAAUUCGAGUCCCACGGGUUGAUCACCGUAAACUUCGGCUAGUCUGCAAAAGAUGGUAUCGUCUUUUGGUUGGUAACUUCUUUUAUUCUCUCCGCAAGAGUCUUGGAAUUUCAGAAGAGUGGAUAUAUGUCAUUAAGAGAGACCGAGAUGGGAAAAUCUCGUGGCAUGCUUUUGAUCCUGUGUACCAAUUAUGGCAGCCCCUGCCUCCUGUUCCUAAGGAAUAUUCUGGAGCUCUUGGUUUUGGCUGUGCUGUUCUCAAUGGGUGCCACCUCUACCUGUUUGGCGGGAAGGACCCACUAAAGGGAUCCAUGAGACGUGUCAUCUUUUAUAGUGCUAGGACAAAUAAAUGGCACCGUGCCCCAGAUAUGCUUCGUAGGCGACACUUCUUUGGCUCCUGCGUCAUAAACAAUUGUCUGUAUGUGGCUGGUGGGGAGAAUGAGGGGGUGCACCGAUCCUUAAGAUCAGCUGAAGUGUAUGAUCCCAACAAGAACCGAUGGUCAUUUAUUUCAGAUAUGAGCACUGCAAUGGUCCCUUUCAUAGGAGUUGUCUAUGACGGGAAAUGGUUCCUGAAGGGACUUGGUUCUCAUCGGCAGGUUCUGAGUGAGGUCUACCAGCCAGAGAAUGAUAGCUGGUACCCUGUUUAUGAUGGAAUGGUUUCUGGCUGGAGGAACCCUAGCACUACCCUAAAUGGACAGCUCUAUGCCUUAGACUGCAAGGAUGGCUGCAAACUUAGAGUUUAUGAUGAGGGUAGUGAUUCAUGGAGCAAGCAUAUUGACAGUAAAAUGCAUUUGGGGAACUCGCGGGCCUUGGAGGCUGCUGCUCUUGUCCCUCUCAAUGGAAAACUAUGUAUCAUCCGGAAUAAUAUGAGCAUUUCCCUGGUUGAUGUCUCAAAAAUAGAAGAUUUGAAAGGAUCUUCUGCUGAACAGUUAUGGGAAACGAUUGCCGGUAAAGGACAGUUCAAGACCUUGGUCACCAAUCUUUGGUCUAGUCUCGCCGGGAGAAACCGACUCAAAAGUCACAUAGUUCACUGUCAGGUUCUUCAAGCUUAGAGGUUGUACAGUGCUAAAAAAUCAACCAAGGUUGAGUUUGUUCAUGUGUUACAGCAUCUCAUCUUGGUUUUAUAUGUCUGUGACAAAGUGGGCCAAAUCUUGCAGAAACAACAUGGUGGAUUCUGUUGUUGCAUUUCAUCUCAAUUUCUUGGGAUAAUGCUCAUCACAAGAGGUGAUAUACAUAGAUGAGAUGGUUUAUUAUCCAUAUAGUGCUCUACAUAUAUUGAUACAAAGCUGUUACAUUUUGAAAAUUGAGUAGGCUGUUUACUAUCAUUAGCUUGUGCUUUGUAUUGCUGCCACCAAUGUGUACCAGGAUGAUAGUUUGGAUGGGGGAGAAUAAUAACUAAGUCAGUUUGGUUUUCUUAUAAAUCUGAGGGUGAAAAAUUCAAGAGUUAGUUUUGAACAUAAUUUUUCAAUAUAAAACUUAUCUAUGAAUUUUUCACCCUCAUUUUCUGUUGUAACAUCCAACUGACCUCAACUCUUAACAUGUACAACUCUUGCAUUGCAUUUUCAUGUACAUGUACAUGUACAAGUGGUAUCGAGAUUACUGGUGAAAAAGGUGGUGGGGUUGCCCUUGAAGUUUUGUACUAUGAUCAAACACUAUAUAUAGACUAUUUGGAUUAUUUCUGUGCC